ACUUAUGUGAAUUCUGAUUCUAAUUAUCACUUGUCGAUUAGUAAUGAACUUAUUACUGCUUAAAUGUUGCUUUAUACUCAUAACAGUCAAGUUCGCAAACUUACAGGAGCCUUUCGAUACGAGAUGGGUUUCAAGUGAAUGCGUAGAUCUGAAUGGCAAACCACAGAUGUGCUAUCCCCCAUUUACUAGUGUUGCUGCUGAUAGGAAGGUAACAGCAACUAACACAUGUGGAGAAAAAGGGAGACAAAAGUAUUGCAUACACAUGUCAAAUUCUGGAAUGGCUACCAGGUGUCAAUAUUGUGACGCUCGUAAUCCAGAUGAGAGUCAUCCACCGGAGUAUAUGACUGAUAAAAAUCCUAAUAACUGGUGGCAAUCAGAAACCAUGGCAGACAACAAGCUAUUGCAUUUUAAAGAGUCUGUGAACCUCACGAUAGAUCUUGGUACACAAUUUCAUGUGAAUUAUGUUUAUUUACAAUUUAAAUCACCACGUCCACAUGCUAUGAUUAUACAUAAACGUUUCGAUGACCAAUCGGAAUGGACACCAUGGGCAUAUUUUUCAAGUAAUUGUUAUACUUAUUUUGGUAUGACAUAUAAUCCUCAUCCAAUAUUUAAUAAACCGGAUGAAUUAAUAUGUUUUGAAGAAUAUUCAACAUUACAACCAUUAUAUGAAGGUGAAGUGAUCUUUUCUGUGAUAAAUGGACGCCCAAAUUAUGAUAAAUUUUUUAAUGAUGUUGAAUUACAACGUUGGAGUACAGCAAGUCAAAUUUUAAUUGAAUUAAAAAAAAUGCAUACAUUCGGUGAUGAACGUGGAGCUGAACGAGACACUCUAUUAACAUAUUAUUUUGCUAUACAAAAAUUAACUGUAGGAGGAAGAUGUCUUUGUCAUGGUCAUGGUAAUGAAUGUAGAAAAAGUUCAGGACCAGGACAGAAAGAUCGAUUAGUUUGUGUUUGUGAUCCAACACAUCAUACUUCCGGUGAUAAUUGUGAACAAUGUGAAUCAGGUUAUCAUGAUAGACCAUGGCAACCGGCGACACCACAAAAUGCUAAUCCAUGUAUAGCAUGUAAUUGUAAUGGAAAUGCAUAUCGUUGUGAAUUUGACUCAGAUUUAUAUAGUCGUACUGGUUCUGGUAGUCGUUGUAUUGAUUGUGGUAAUAAUACUGAAGGUAUAAAUUGUGAACAAUGCAAAUCUGGCUAUUAUCCUAAUCAAAAACAACCAACUACAUGUUUACCAUGUUCAUGUGAUCCAAUUGGUACGCUGGAUGGUAAAACGGAAUGUAAUGCUCAAGGUCAAUGUCAGUGUAAGCCGGGUGUGGGUGGUAAAUCAUGUGAUCAUUGUUUGGAAGAUCAUUUUGGUUUUAAUGCAGGUGGUUGUCUACCAUGUAAUUGUAAUGAAGGUGGUAGUUAUGAAAAUCGUCCAGCAUGUGAUUCACAAACUGGUCAAUGUAUAUGUAAACAAAAUGUAGCCGGUAAACAGUGUGAUAAAUGUAAAAUUGGACAUUAUGGUCUAAUGUCAAAUGAUCCACUUGGUUGUAAACCAUGCCUAUGUUCAUUACAUUCAUCUGAGUGUAGACUAGACGAAGAACAUUUAAGUGUGCUGGCUGGUAAACCUGGGGAAAUUAUUCCAUUGGAAAGUUUAGUGAAACCAGAUCAAACGAUUAUCAAUUGUCCAUUGAAUCAGAAACCAUGUUAUACAUGCUUACAAAAAGACAGACAACAUAUUCAAAUUGGAUGUAAUGGUACAACUGAAGGUUAUCUACCGUGUUUAUGUGAAGACGAUCCAAAUCAAUGUCCAUAUUGUCCAUCAGGUUGGCGUACACCACAAACUGAUCCACGUUCUGAAAUAUGUACAUGUCCUCCACAAUACACGGGGAAAUCAUGUGAAUACUGUGCUGAUGGACAUAGACGUGAUCCACCUGGUGGUCUUACUACUGAUCGAUGUAUAUUAUGCACUUGUAAUAAUCAUGCUACACGAUGUGAUCCUGAAAGUGGUCAAUGUGAAUGUCAAGAUAAUACUGGUGGUUUAUUCUGUGAUCGAUGUAUGGAUGGGUAUUAUGGCGAUGCAUUUGCACCGAUUAAUUCACCCGAUGCAUGUAAACCAUGUCCAUGUCCAGCUGAAGCUAAAUGUGAACAAGUUUAUUGGCCAGAUCGUUCAAUUAAAGUUGUAUGUAAAGAUUGUCCAGAUAAUCGAUCAGGUAUUCGAUGUGAACGUUGUGCAGAGAAUUUCUAUGGUGAUCCAUUGAAAGGUAUUCCUUGUAAACCAUGUGAUUGUUCAAAUAAUGUCGAUCCAAGAGAAUUUGGAAAUUGUGAUGGAAAAACUGGUGAAUGUUUAAAAUGUUUAUUUGGUACAAGUGGUAAACAUUGUGAACAAUGUCUACCAGGUUAUCGUCGUAAUUUGAAACCAUCAAUGAAUACUACUACUACGACUACUACUACCAAUACUGCAUUGACAGAUGAUGAUUUAAUACCAGCAAGAGGUUGUAGUCCAUGUGAAUGUAAUCCAAUUGGUACGCUGGCUAAUUAUGGAUCACAAGGUAUUGGUGUUUGUAAUCCAGAAACAGGUCAAUGUCCAUGUAAAUCAGGUGUUGGUGGAAUAAAUUGUGAUAAAUGUUAUAAUGGAUUUUAUGGUUUUCAUACUGGACAGGGAUGUCAACCAUGUGAUUGUAAUUCUGUUGGUGCAAUACAAGAAUCAUGUGAUGAUCGUACCGGACAAUGUGAAUGUCGUCCAAAUGUGAUUGGACGUAAAUGUGAUCAAUGUCAAUUGGCUCAUUUUAAUAUGACUACAACAAUGGGUUGUCAAUCAUGUAAUUGUCAUAUAUAUGGUGCUGAAAAUAGUCAAUGUGAUAAAACUGGUCAAUGUGUUUGUAAACCAUUUGCUGUUGGAUUACAUUGUGAUCAAUGUCAAGAAAAUCAUUAUAAUUUACAAGCUGGUUGUUUACCUUGUCCAGCAUGUUAUAAUUUAAUUCAAACUAGAGUUGCAAAAUUAUGGGGUAUGUUAGAAUCAGUAUUUGGACCAAUUCAACAUUAUCAACAGCAACCAUCAACCACAACAACGUCAACAACAUCACUUGUAACAACAACACCAACAUUAGAUGAUAAAGAAUUAUUUGAAGAGAUUAAACGUUUAAAUGAUACUGUUGUAAAAUUAUAUCAGGAAAUAUUAGAUUAUAAAGCUGAUAGUUCAAUUGUUGAUCAAAAACAAUUUAGAAAAACUUUAGAUAAUAUCGCUAAUCAAAUUGAUAUGAUUGAUAGAGAAUUGAAACAAUUGGCCAGUAAACCAUUAACAUGUUCAGAAAAUGAAUUUAAUAAGAAUAUGGCAUAUUUACAAUUGGAAGUAACUGAAACUCUACCCAGAUUAUUAACUGAUGAUGUACAAAGAAUAUUGGAUAAUUUAAAACGUACAAUUAGUUCAUCACAAACUGAUCCAAUCUUAUCGAAAUAUGCAAAUGAAGCAUAUGAUUUAGUGAAAGAAUUAAAUGAAAGAAGUAAACGAUUACAGAAACAAAUCAAUAAUAUUACACAACUUCUAGCGAAUUCCACUGAUAAAUUAACUCAAUCGAAAGAAUUAAUCAAAACAUCCAAAGAUGCAUUACAGAAAAAUAUUAAAAAAUCCGAUGAAAUUGAACAAAACAGCAUCUUACUGACUAGUCGUAUUGAAGCAUUGAAAGAUUUAAUGCAAAAAUUACGUGAUCAAAUUUAUUUGACCAAUGCCAAUAUUGAUCGUUUGCCCGAUUUAAUGAUACAAUUACGUCAAUUAGACAGUGUAGCCAUGACAUGGAAUGAAGCUAGCGAAUUGUCAAAAAAAUUCCAAAAUCGACUAGACAACCUUGAAAUCGAUGUCAAUAAACAAAUGAAUCAAUUAGAACAAAUCAAUAAUCAAUUAACCAGCAUACUGACACGUCAACACAAUGAAGCCAAACAAAUUGAAGCGAAAUUCAAUGAAAUCACUAAUCUAUUCGAACGUGUUAUGCAUGCGAUCAAUAUGAGUUGGUCAACUGUGGACAAUGCAAAAUCAUGGUUACAAAAAUUAGAAGGAUUCGAUGAACAUAUUCAAACUACGAAAGAUUCAAUGUACAAUCUAUUACAGUUGGAAGAUGAAUUACAUAGACGUUUAACUGAUUUAGCUACCAAUCUUAAUGAUUUACAUGAUCAAGCUAUAAAAGAAUAUUUAUCUGCACAAUUUUUGAAAAAUCAAACAAAUAAUAUUGAAAAAAUCCUUGUCAACAUUGAACAUAGAAUUACAAACAAUACACUACUGUUGGAUAAAUUCUAUGAAAAAUUAACUGAUUUAAAAACACAACAUGAAUUGGAAAUUCUACCGGAAAUACAAAAAACAUCUCAAUUAGUUCGUGGAAUCAGUGAUGAGGCGCUACGUCUGAUUGAAACAGCUGAUUUAUCACAUCGUAAUGGCAAUAAAUUAGUUGAAGAUAUUAAUGAUUUGUUAAGACGGAUGAAAAAACUUAAAGAACAAUUAAAAGAAACAACAUCGAAACCAGGUCCAGGCACACUAAUCCCAACUCAACCAAUUCCAUCAUCUGAAGAUGCAUUAACACGUUUUACAAAAUUAAAAAAUGAUUACCAGAAAAUACAAUUAAAUGAACGACUACAAUUAUUAAAACAAUUAAAUAAUUCACGUACAAUUGAAUUAAUUUAUUUCAGUCGACAAAUUUAUGAAUAUAAAUUGCAUUAUGAACAUUUACAACGUAUUCAUACAUUAUUACCAAGUAUUGAAGCAGGUUGUUUUUAUACUGGUAAAGUAAUUGAAGCUAAUGAAUAUGAACGUAGAAAUUCUUGAAAUCGUUUUUUUUUAAACUUCCAUUAUUUCCAGUCUCUUCUUCACUACGUUGCGUUGCGUUGCGUUGCGUUGCGCUGUGCUCCGCUGCGCUUCGUUGUCAACUCCUUCGUUUUAUUUUUAACAUUGAUCAGUGUUUUUCUCUUAUUCAUUACAAUUCUUUUUCGCUUAAAAUUUAUUGAACACAUGUCAUUUUGAUGUGAAUUAUUUCAAUCUUCUCUUAGACUAUUUUCUUUCAUCUGUCUGCUGUGUAUUAUUAGGUGAAAUAAAAAUCAAUUUCUUGUCACUUUUCUCCCUUUGUAUUUUGUCUUUAUUUUGUCUGAUUAAAACAAGGUUUCUGUCUGUUGAAUCUUCUUUUUGUUUUAUUCAAAAACUAGAAUAUUUUUUUUUAUU